AUGCUCCCACUGCCCGAUCUGGGCCCAACAGACGUUCUUGUGAUAUACCACGCACGUUCAAUGAACUACCCCAAAGUCUCGACUAUUAUAGUCGCGAAUGAAACAUUCCCCUGGAAAUGUCCUGACCGCGUGGUGGUUCCUGGCUCAGAUGGAGCCAGCGAAAUGAUCGGAACCGGCUGUCGCGGAUCACGCUUCACCGUGGGAGACCGAGUGAUGCUCCAGCACUACCCCGGGUUUCACGAUGGGCCCGCUCCGCCAGCCGAUCAAAAGGUUCCGGGCACACAUAUGGACGGAACGUUUCGCGAGCAUGGGGUGUGGGAGGAGAGCGCUCUGCAUCCAAUGCCCGAGUACCUGAGCUACGAGGAGGCUGCCACCUUGCCUUGCUCUGCGCUGACUGCGGGAUCUGUUCUGACCCAAGGCACUGGUGGAGUGCCGCUCUUCGCGAUUCAAUUGGCGUUGAAAAUGGGCGCUACCGUGAUUGCCACCACUUCUUCGGAGGAGGGAGCAGCCAGAUUACGGGCCCUGGGUGCGCACCAUAAGGUUUUUGAGAUUGGUGGUCCCGGCACAAGUGAGCAAAGCUUCAAGUGUGUGUCCUGUGGAGGAAAAAUUGACAUCGUGGGAUUCGUGACUGGGCGUUGUUACAAAGAGGGUCUCAAUCUACUCUCGCCUCUGCUUUAUGUGUACACAGUGCGUGGAAUUGAAGUCGGCACCCAGCUGGAAUUCAAAGACAUGGUUCGAUAUAUGGAGGCGUGGAAGAUUCGCCCAGUCUUAGAUGAACGGCGGUUUGCACUGCAGGAUAUGAAACAAGCUUAUAGGUACUUCUGGGAGGGAAAACACUUUGGCAAGAUGGUCAUCACAUAUAACCAGGAGCUGGAUUCUGUCUAUCGGUCUCAGGCGGCCACCUCGCGGGAUCAUCAACUUAUAUAG